AUGCUCUCCACGAUUCCACAUCAAAUCAUCACUCAGCAAGCGGAGAACACCACUAUAACUUGGCCUAUCAUCCCCACUGCAUUGAGGACCUAUCAUCCCCAUUACAUUGAGAAGCAAGAGGAGGAACUACAACAGGCAAAUGCGGAGAACACUGCGGAGAAACCAAGCGGCAACAAGGCCACCAUCGUCAAGAACGCGGCUCAGCUCUCCAAGAUCCCACAGAAGGAACUACAACAGGCAAAUGCGGAGAACACUACGGAGAAACCAAGCGGCAACAAGGCCACCAUCGUCAAGAACACGGCUCAGCUCUCCAAGAUCCCACAGGAGGAGCAAGAGGAGGAACUACAACAGGCAAAUGCGAAGAACACUACGGAGAAACCAAGCGGCAACAAGGCCACCAUCGUCAAAAACACGGCUCAGCUCUCCAAGAUCCCACGUCAUAUGCUGUCCACGAUUCCACAUCAAAUCAUCACUCAGCAAGCGGAGAACACCACUACAACUUAG